CUGCAGUAUCCGAGUGCUGAAGUGAGAGAGUAUGCCUGUGCCAGUAUUUCCAGGCUGCUGCAGCAGAAGCACAUCAUCCCAGCCUUCCUGCAGAGGGACGUUGUGAGGUGUUUGGGACCAUUGCUGAUGGAUCACAGCUUGGCUGUCCGGGAAACAGCUGCGGGUGCUCUCCGAAAUCUUAGUGCUUGUGGAGGAUUUGAAGUCUGUGAUGAUAUGGUGACAAACGACAUCAUGACACCCCUUGUUGCACUUCUGAAAGAGUGUAGCGCUGGACUAGAUACUAACCAGCUUUCUCCAAAGAAAUGCAAAGAGGCUAACAAAAAUUAUGUUGAAGACAUAGCCAAUGAAGCUAUCAAUUUGCUGUGGAAUAUAUGUGAAUGCAACCAUACUGCUGUAAACAUAUUCAAUAAAGAAGCAUGUCUGGAGGCUGUGUUACAUUGCAUGAAGAAAUUUUCCACGAAUGUGGAUCUGGCUAUUGCAGUAGCAAACUGCUUGCAGGCAGUGACAGAAGAUAAUCCAGAUCUUCUUUCUUCAUUUAAUUCUUCUGCACAACAAGUAUUGGAAACAGUGAUGAUGUGUCCAGAGAGCACAAUGAAGCAUAUCCUUCUGAGAACACUGAUAGCAGGCACUAUCUGGAAUAUCAAGGACACCAUUCCGCCAGGCAGCCUGGGAAGCAUGGUUAAUGCAAUCCUGAAGAUCUUUUCAGAAUCACUAGCAAUAGAUGCUGGUGAAACUAUUAUUCGUAUGAAUGAGGCUGAAAAAAACAGGUUAAAACUUACUGCAGAAGCAGAAACAGAGGAAAACAUGAAUGAUGUUAUGGACAACUGUGUUUUGAGUGAAGAUGAUAACAUAGAAGAAAUACCAAAAGGAGAACUCAGGGGAGAGAUUGACAUUUCAGAUUUGCUUCCAUCUGAUGAGUGGGAGCUGAAAGAAGUGACAGCUUUACUGACAGCUCAGCAGACUGCUCUGGAAAUCGUCGUUAACAUGUGCUGCAGUGAAGAUCCCUCUGAUGACGAAUGGGAAGAACUCUCCAGCAGUGAUGAAAGUGAUUUGUUCAUGGAAAACUCCUACAACGAGGCGAGUGGGAUGCUAAUGUCACCCCUGUGCCUCUCUGAUGAGGUUAACUCAGCCUUUCUGAACAACCUCAUUCCAAAGAAGAUUCUUGAAAAAACAGCUUUCCCGAACAGUGUUGCUCUAGACAUCUGUAUGCACAAUCCAUCUUGGAAACCAUUAAUUAAAAAGCUGAAUGCAGUGCAGUGUAGAGCUUUAACAUGUCUUCAUAGCAUUUUAUUAGUGUCGGAUGUGGAUUGUCUUGGAGGAGCUUCAGCACUUCAGUCCCUUGCACAGCAUCUCUCACAGCUAGUCUUUUCUAAACCAGAACUCCCUGCAGACACAGAAUUCUUGGAAGCCAUAACCAGUGCUUUGAGGGCUCUCCUACAAACAAUGGCGUCAAAGAACAUCUCCCAGUGUAUGACUCCUGAGCAGCUCUUGGCUUUGUGUGAGGUUGGUAUCCAGAGCAGCAAUGCCAGUGUUCGAGUGAACAUAGUGAGCAUCCUUGGAAUUUGUGGCAGUGUCCUGGCCAAAGGACAAGAUACAGCUGAAACACUAAAGAUGAUUGGAAAAUUUCUUCUUGAGGUUGCUAUGAAGGAUUCUUCUCUUGUGGUAGCAGGGGAAGCCCUGGAUGCAGUUUUUGAUGUAUUUGCAGAUGGUAAAGAAGCAGAAGAAGCAGCAGUACAGAUCAAGUUGCUUCCAACACUGAAGGAAUUUCAGCCGGUGUUCAGAAUGAGGAUGCGAAAAGAAGGCAAAGGACAAUGUAGUACAGAUCAACUGUGUGUUCUUGACAAUGUGAAGAUGAAUUUGAGAAGAUUCAUUGAAUAUCAGGAGACACUAGGCAAAACCCCAACUUGAAACAUCGAGGAACAUUUAAGGUUUCCCUUACUGAGUAACGUUUUCACAAAAUAUAACUGUUUUGAACUUCUGAAAUUUACUGAGCAGAGCAGUUUUGCUUUCAUGUUAAUACUGCAUUUUCUAACAUUCAGUAUUUGUACACUUCUGGGUUGCUGCAAUAUGAAAAUCACAUCAGUGUAAAACCAGCAUAGCACACUCCGAGACUGUCGCAGUGAUGAGAAGAUGCUCUUGCAGGCCUGA